AAUAUUUGGAAAGUCGCCCGUCAGUUUGGCGACAAAAUAGCCGACUGCCAAGUAGUAGUAGUGCUGAUUAGUACCGUCAGCUAAUCAAUGAGACUGUGAUACACGAUUGAGAGCAGACAUGGGACGUAAGCGCAAUCAUUCCUCCCAUUAAGGAAGAGACGAUAAAAACGGUCGAGUAUGGAGCCCAUUUUUCUUUCUUUCUUUCUUUCAUGGCUGUGCCGUCGUCGUCCAACAGAGAAAAACUAGACACCUUCUGAAUGCGUAAUUCAAAACCCCCUGGUUUUCUUUUUUACAAUUCCCAGCAUCGUCGUCGUUGUUCUCAACUACUUCGAAUGCUGUUGGUCCGUUCAAGUGGUGGUGCAACGGUCCCUCGCGGCACUGGGAUCACGUGACCGCUUUCCGACCGCCUCUCCGGCCAUCACCAAAUGCCGCGCUCGUCAAGUUAUGACGAUGAAAAAGCUAAUAGAAUAUGCGAGUUUGUUUUAGGAAUCUAAAUAGCUUUUGUCUUAGAGGGAAAAAUGAUGACUAGCUGGUUGGUUUUUUUUCGUCACUUAUUAAUGCAAAUGUUGACGAUGACACGCGAUCCCGUACCCCAUCACGCGCUAGUACAAACUGCUUUCUAGAGGACGUUGAAAAAAUCACGAGGAAUGCGUGAUUUCACCAUUCGAAUCUAAACACGUUAAUGUUCGUGUUAUAUAUAUAGAGAGCGCGUGAGGAAAGAAAAAUCCCAGUGAUGAAUCUUGCACGGAUCAAUCAACAUCGAUCCUACUUUCCCCCAGCCUAGAAAUCUCAUCCAUCUUUUUUUUAACCUUUUCUUUUCUUGAGAAAAAGUUUGCAUGGAAACAAGUUAAGAUCGCGCAAAACUUUAUCCUACCCAAAAACGUCUCCUGGAGCAUAUUGCGAGAGUUGAAAAACUUUGGCGGAGAACGAACGAACGAGGGCGGGUGUAUAAGAGGUUCGACGUUGCCAGAUUUCUUUGCUCCCAUCGCCUAAAUGGCAAAAUGGCAAAAAGAUCAAAAACCCAAAAGGGAACUGAACUGACGCACCACCGAUGGCGUCAACAGUCCUAAUCCCGAAAGAAGAAUUAACAAAAAAGCAAAUAAAAGAAGAAGCAUCGGCGUCGGCGCGUUCGUGAGCGGCGAACGUACGCACGCUCUUUUCAAUGUACAAGAAAAAGUUUAAAAAAAAAAGUCACAGGAAAAGAAGAAAGAGGAGGGGAAGGAUAGACGAAUGAGCUUGAUUUUACUGGUUGGUUUGGCGGCGCUACAAGCUCCACCCCCUCCUCUCACGACGUCACGUUCUUCCGUCGUUCCGUCGUUCUGCCCGUGCGCGUAGACACGUAUAAGAGGAGGUGGCCGGUACGGUUCGAUCGUCGUUCGUACCACGCGGUCCUUCUCGUUCGCUUCUCUCCUCUCACUUCCCAACCUUUUUUUUCUUUCCCGUUCAUUCAAAAUUCUUAUUCACGUUUUCUUUAUUUUUCUAAAAAAUUUGUUGUUGCGACAAAUUGCGGGUACGUUGAUCCGGAAUUUGUUGUUUUUUGGAGUCUUGUUUUCAUCACUGGCCGAUCCCGACCGACCGACCGACCCGAGCGGCGACAAUUUGGUUCACGCGUACCUUCGAGUUUCUUUGUUCUCGGUGGAGUUGAUUUGCAGGAACGGAUCGUAUUGCUCAACAACCAGAACCCAAGGACAAUUAGACGAAACAUCGAGACGGGCUACUCCUUUUCUCCUUGUUUUUGCUGAGCUUUGCUGAAUUCCACCGGCCAUCCAUCCGAGACCUGCUGGUUGCAACUCCUCCGAGACCCCGUGGGGUGUUUCUGAAAGAGAGAGAGAGGAUUCGUCUUAUCUUUUGUCCAAGACAAUAUAAUACAAAAAAAAAGGAAAGGGAGACAACAACAUCCUGCCGUGGAGCCGCUUACCCAAACCACCGUUGUUCUGAACCCGCCAUGGGUUUGCUGAUUUGGCCGUUGAAUCCAGUUGUUGAACCGCGACUCCUACCGACGAGCGAUCCUACCCUGCUCCGCAUCAGUCGUGUUUCUACAUCCUCCAGCACAUUUACUUAUUCACUAAACACCACUCUACCGUCCGCUUCCGCCACAGUCCUGUUAUUUGUUUCACCCACGACCACCACUUCGUAGUCAAUCGCGCCAUCUGUUGACACAAUCCAGUCGGCAGUUUUGUUUUCGGUUCCCUUUUGUAUUUACUUGGUUCUUUUGGAAAAACCAGAGUUUAUCCCCCAAGCAGCCAGCCACCCUUUGAGAACAAGGGAAUCGUUCUCUCUCUCAGAGGAAAAGAGAUAAAAGAGAUAAAAGAAGAAGAAGAACCUUCUUGAAGUAAUACAGCCGAUCCGGUAGAAACCAGAUCUUCUAGGUAUCAACUAUUCCUACAUUAGGGAUAGAAAAAGAAGAAAAAUAUUUGGACUUUGAGAAGUUUAAAUCCUCCUUUUUUGCUCACCCCAUUCAUCAGUUGACGUUGGGAAACGCUCCUUGACGAAUAUCCUUUGACGAAAGAAGGAGACGAGCGCUGUGAUAGUUGAAGAAGGAACAAGAUUCAACUUGUUUUUAAAAACGAAUUGUGAUUAAACCUUUUGAAAAGGAAGGAUAAAAAGUUGAUCAAGAAAAUGUCGUCCGUUACCACGAUGGUUACCGAGGCAGUGACUGAAAUCAUGUCAAAUGUCGGCAAUGCCGACGUCCCGUACGCCAGCGAACUUGUUUGGAUUGUCGUCGUCGCCUUUAUCGUUUCGUUUGUCUUGGCCUUUGGCGUCGGUGCCAAUGAUGUGGCAAACAGUUUCGGUACCUCCGUUGGUGCCAAAGUCCUCACCAUUCGACAGGCCUGCAUUCUGGCCACCAUCUUUGAAAUUGCCGGAGCUGUCCUUAUCGGUUACAAAGUUUCGGACACGAUGCGUAAAGGCAUCAUCGACCCGAGCAUUUACAACAAUUCCAAUUCGGAACUGAUGAUGGGCAAUUUGGCCGCUCUCGGUGGAAGCGCCGUCUGGCUGAUAAUAGCCACUUUCCUCAAGUUGCCAAUUUCUGGUACGCACAGCAUCGUAGGAGCCACAAUUGGUUUCUCGCUGGUCGCCAAGGGAACCCAGGGCGUUCAGUGGGCCAAAUUGGGUCAAAUUGUUGCCUCCUGGUUUGUCUCGCCCGUCUUGUCUGGACUCAUGUCUUCCGCUCUCUUCUUGGCCAUCCGCAAAUUGAUUCUGCGCAAACCUGCUCCACUCGAAUACGGACUCAGAGCUCUGCCCAUCUUCUACGCAUUGACUCUGGGCAUCAACAUCUUCUCCAUCGUCCUCGACGGACCCAGUUUGCUGUACUUUGACCGAAUCCCCUGGUGGGGCACCAUCAUCCUGAGCAGUCUCAUCGGUUUAGUGGCUGGACUUGUCGUCCAGUUGGUCAUUGUGCCGAGACUGCGUCACUCCAUCACCGAAGGGCAUCGCACGGAAGAGGCCACACGAGCCAAAUUUGCUUUCGGCGGAGACAGUGGUCCUGGAUCGGCUGUUUCAUCGGCUAACAUCACGCCGGAAGAGUCUCGCAAUGCGUCGAUGGAUAACAUUCCGUACAACGGGGUCAACGCCCGUACCGUCAACACGGAAUUGGAGCCCGUCAACACGCUCCACUCCCGGCAAGCGGGCAAACAACGAAAACCGACCGAGACCACCAAGCCGAUGCGUUUCGGAUUCCGCAAGUCGCAACCCAAAACCAUUUCACUGGCCGGCGAAGAAAGUCCGUUCAUAGCCGAAACCCGGUUGGAUAACCAAGGCAACAAGGGCCACCAGCCAAACAGCGAACAACCGACACCCAUCCACGGUCUGUCGCCUUGCAGCAGCGCCGUCCCGCUCAUCAACGCCGCUGGAGUCCCUCACCCCACCAUUGUCAGGAAAACGAUGGAUGUGGAGAAUCCGCCAUCCAUCAACGUGACGUCCACUUUGGCUUCGGCUGCCGUCGACGAUCCUCCAGAGGUGGUCCGAUUGUUUUCAUUCCUGCAGAUCAUGACGGCCUCGUUCGGCGCUUUCGCUCACGGUGGAAAUGACGUCAGCAACGCCAUCGGGCCCUUGGUGGCCAUUUGGCUCAUCUUCACCGAAGGCAACGUCGAACAGAAAUCGGAAACGCCACUUUACAUUCUGCUCUUUGGAGGCGUCGGCAUUACCAUCGGCCUGUGGGUUUGGGGUCGACGAGUCAUCAAAACGGUCGGAGAAGAUUUGACCAAGUUGACGUCUUCGAGCGGCUUCACCAUCGAAAUCGGCGCAGCAUUCACCGUCCUGGUGGCCAGCAAGAUCGGCGUGCCCAUCAGCACGACUCACUGCAAAGUCGGAUCGGUCGUCUUUGUCGGCUGGGCUCAGACAUCUCGCGGUGGCGUCGACUGGGCUCUCUUCCGCAAUAUCAUCUUCGCCUGGGCCGUGACAGUGCCCAUUGCCGGUGGUUUGAGUGCCGCCAUCAUGGCUAUUUUCCAAGCCUGCAAUCUCUUCUGAUGAUGAUAUGCCCUGCGACUUUUGUGCGUUGUCGGCGCCUAUAAGAGAGAAAUGAAGGGCUAAGUGCAUUGUGUUUUUCGCUCUCUUUUAAUCUAUUCGCUCUAAAAGUAGAAGACUUUCGGGCUGUUUUGUACAUAACGACCUGAAAUAUCUUCCAAGAUUGUAACCAUCUGUUUUGUGAGUUAUGGCACCCUUUCAUCCAAUUUUUUUUAUUAUUAAGUUCUCUUCUCAAUGAAUACCCUCCUUUUUUUUCUAAAUGUUUGGUUUCCUACAGUUUGAAAUAUUAAAAAGUAAAAAAAAAAAAGUAAAAAAAAAAAUCAAAUAGUUUAACUUGUUUACAUACCUUAUCAAAUAGUUCACCAUUUAAUGUUUUUGUGCAUCUGUUUAACUUUCUCUCUUUUAUAUAUCUCUCUGGUAUAUAUUCCACGAUCGUGCCCUGGUUUCGGUUGAAUAAUUUGUGUGGCGAUCGAGUUGUAGCCUAUUAAGAGUUUAAAGCGCGCAUAUAUUGAUUAGCGACACCUAUCAUAUUCUCAAUCAUAUUCUCUAUUAUCUAUAUUAUGUUAUUACCCCAUAUAUUUUUCAGCCCAAUCAUUUUCUCCCACAACUUCAGCUAUAUAUGUUCACUUUGCCUCACAACCAUCUACUGCUGCUACUCUUUCUGCAUCCUAAAACAAACAAAAUCAUUUGAUUAUUUCUUUUCCUUUUUUUUCGUUUAAGUUGCUCAUGAUUCGUUUCUCCCAUUAACAGCAGUACUUUUGAAAUACUUACAAUGUUGCAAUCGCAAUCCCUCCACUCUAAAAAAAACAUUAAAUGAUGAACUUAUUAUCUUUGCCUAUCUUAUUAUUUUUUAAAUUGUUAUUCCUUUCUGACAGUGCCAUCAAUUUUUCAUCGCAGCAUUGUAUCAGUGCUAUUCGCCUACUGUAUUAGGGCUCACCAAACAAACAAUACACACAAGGCAUUUGAA